GCAACGUCACCCGUCCUCGCCACCGAAACCGAAAUAAAAAAAAAACAACACCCGACCACGGACGCAAGUGUUUUGUUGGGGGCGCAGGAGGAAUCGCGAUAGUUAUGGCCGGAACGUGCAGCCGCGCGGCGCACACGAGAGUCGCGCGUACCAGCACCGCGGCCAAAUAACGCGGGCCCCACACACACUCGUCGAACACCGUCCGACGGUCCGAAUGGAGUGCGAGCAAAAAACAUAAACAAACAAACGAAAACGGUCGGUGGCACACAGUCGUGUCGAAGAUGGAGGCGCAGGAGGGCGGCUCGCAGAAGAAGGAGCGCAACUAUCCGACGUCGUUGGACCUGUCCCUCGACCAGUCGACGCUGAACGCCAACAAUCCCGUGUUGGUGAUCAACUCGCCGAAAACGCCGACGCUGUCGCGCAAACUGAAGGCGGUCAGCCUGGACUCGGAGCCGCAGAAGGAGGCGACGGUGGAGCUGUCGCGGGACGUGUACUCGAUGCCCAACACGCCGAAGAAACAGAUCAAGCACAAACUGUCGGCGGACUACGACGACGGCACGUCCAAAACGUCGCUGGCCGUCAACUCCAACUUGAAGAAGUUCGCCUCGAACAACAGCAUCUCGGGCUCGCAGACGCUCAAAACGUUGCCGGAGAUCAUGACGUUGCACGAUUUCGGCGACAAUCCGACGGCCGCCCCGGUCAAAAUCAAGGCGAAAGGUCUGCUGGAACGUCGCGGCUCCAACGCCAGCCUGACCAUCGACUUGGGCUCCAACUCCAGCAUAUUGGAUCCCAAACCGCUGCCACUCACCAGACUGAACACGGCCCGCAGCGUUUCGAACUUGAACCUGAGCAGCUUCGGCUCGAGCUGCAGCUGUGCCAGAAAGGACUUCUUGCCGAAAAGUGCGGAACGUCGCAAGAGCCAGGAGGCGUGCGGUAACUGCGUCAUCUACGAAUCGGUGCCCAGCAAGAUCAACAUGUGCACGAGCAAGUGUCAUAAUUCGCAGAAGAAGUGCAGCUGCAAGUCGAGGCGGAAAUCGCUGAGCAACGAGAACCUGUACGUGCCGCCGUGUGGGUUCUGUCAGAAUGGGACGGUGAAGGAGUGUACGGGUACCAGUAAACACUGCAAGGGGUACAGGAAGGCUUACUAUCCGAGGCAGCCCGACUUGGAGUCGUCGCAGCUACUCUCAGAGGACUUUAAGAUGCACCUGCAGAAUAUACAGUAUCUACAGACAGCAGGGAAUGUUUUGAGUGUUGCUGACUUGAAGCAGGCUUGUGAGGUGGCAAGGGUGCCGAAAUUGCACCAGGAAUUUUGGGAGGUGCCGCUCAACUUGCAGGAGAAGUGCUACGUGUCGGGCAGCCAGAGCCGCAACCGCUACCGCGGCUUCCUGCCCAACGAGCACAGCCGCGUCCACUUGCCAGGCCCGCAGUCGUACAUCCACGCGAACUACAUCAAGGGCCCCGACUACACCGAAACCGCCUAUAUUGCCACCCAGGGACCGAUGGCCCACACCUGCCAGGAUUUCUGGGAGAUGGUGUGGAUGGUCAACUGUAGAUGCAUAGUGAUGCUGACUGGGCUGAUCGAAAAGGGGAAGAACAAAUGCGAACUGUAUUUUCCGCUGGGCAAAGGCCCGAAGUCGGGCGAGAAGUCGUACUACGUAGUGCGGUCGUUGCGUGCCCAGGACAAGUUCAUAUUCGAGAGCCGCAACACGCAGGCCUUCGACGAGGAGAUCGUGGAGUUCGAGGAGCUGAACGAGAUCGCCUACGGCAACUAUCGCAUCAAGUACAUACGCAAAGAGUUUCUGGGGGAGUGUGUGAUCAGGCAUCUGGAGCUGAGGCACCGGGACAGGCCCGAGGAGGUGAGGAACGUGCAGCACUACUGGUUGGCCAGUUGGCCUGACCAUAAGAUGGCUGAUCCUGAGCAAGUACUGAAGAUGGCUUUACACGUUGUGGCGUUGGGUGAGACGAUAAGGGGGCAGGAGAACGGGAAACAGGAACCUCCUAGGGCUCAAAAGGUGGUGAAAAGUUGUGGUACCUGGGAACGAAAGAGGUCGAUGGAGCACGUGCGCAUGCCUGCGGCAGUAGUGCACUGCAGUGCAGGGAUUGGUAGAACGGGGUGCUUUCUGGCCGUCCUUAAUGGGAUACAGCAGCUACGCAACAACAGGAACGUGGAUGUGCUGGCGAUUUUGUGCUCCCUGCGUCUGAAUAGGGGAGGCAUGGUGCAAACUGCGGAGCAGUACGAGCUGAUACACCGGGUGUUGAGGCUGUACACGGAGACUAUGUGAACAGCCUCUGAUUGGUACAGAUAAUCAUUAUUAGGAUUAGGAUUAUAUGUGAUAAUUUUUCUUAGCGAUAAGCGAUAAAUUCAUGUAUAUAUUUUUAAUAUCUUAUAUUUUUUAUAUUUUCGUUGUUUUUCUCGGUAUUUAUUAUAUUAUACAUAUAUAUUAUAUAAGUUUUUAUUGAGAGGUUUAUCCUGGGUGAAGAGAUUUGUUGGCCGUGUUUAUAAUUUGAAUACGAAUUUAUUGUAAUGUUUUUUUACGUCCACACGCAUAAAAUCGGUCGUGUUGGUUCGUUGGGGAUAAUAAAGAGGCAUCAAAUACUAAAUUUCAUGAAACCACGACGCUCUCUCUCUCUAGUGUAACAAUCGGGCAUCUUGAAUUAAUUUAUCUGAAUCAGUAUUUAAAAGUACAAUGUAGUAAGUUCCUAAUAGUCGAGUCUCUCUUGGUGUUUGAUGUUUCUAGUUUACUGUGUUUAAUUUUUGUUGGCGAUAUGAUUUAAUAGCACAAAAAAUGUGAUGUAAGGUAUUUUUAAAGUAUAAAUUAAAGUGAAACCAAACCACUUACUGUUAGUUACGUUUAACUCACACGAAUCUCAAAUGGAAGGACCACGUUUACCCCGACACAUUUUGUUUGACUUUAUAUUUUAAAAAUACUUGACAAAAUUGUUCAAGAAAGAGUGAUUUUUUACGAUUUAUCUUAUAGUAAAUUUAAUAAAAAAACAUAUAUCUAGGUUUAAAAAAUUAUAAAUGUAAGAUAUAUUUAGUACAAAACGAUUUAUCUAAAAUUAAAUGUAUUUUUAAUGUCUCUAAUAUGCGUUGUCCAGCGACAAAAAUUUUACUAACCAUCUUAAUAAUGUUUUUUGUUACGUUUUUUGUACUAAAACUAAAAAAAUCUCAGAUUCUCUCUAAAACUUGACCAAUUAUCAUUUUACAAUCAAAAAAAUAUCUAUCAAUACUAUUUAUUUUGUAGAUAAAUGUUGAAAAUAUGUAUUACUCGAAUCUAUGUGUCGGAAACACGAUUUGAAUGUGUGUUUUUGACUCUCAGAACUACAACACCAAAUGAUGACUUUGUAAAUGUGUCAAAAUAUAUGAAAUAAGUACAUAUGUCUAACAA